CACCAGCAGCAGCACCAGGGCGGGGGGAACCCGCGGCGCCGCACCCGUUUUCCACCCCGGACUGUUUCACGUGAAGCGCCGCCGCAGCCUGAGGCCGGAGGGAGUGUGCGACGGACAAACGAGCGGUGCAGGGAGCAAAAGGGGAAAUAACCCAGGAAUAGAGAAAACAACCGGGGUUAGAUGUAAACAGCAUGAACGAUUCACAGCCUUGGAGCUGAGGCCCUGACUCGUCUACUCACUGGAUCACAGAAACAGAUCAUCUGGGAUUUGUGUGCGAGGCGCCUUGAACAGUGCGAUACUUAAAAUAUAUUUAUAGCCUUCCUUGCCUGUCUGACAUUUUAAACAUGCCUGUACAGUACGUGAUCGAGGAAUGGGAUUUCCGUGAUCUAACGCUGAAAAUUAAACCACCAGUCUUUAUACCCAGACCAGAAACAGAGGAGCUGGUUAGCCUGAUUCUGUCAGAACUUGCCACAGGUGAAAAGGAACGUUGGCCCAGUUUCAAUCAGACAUCGGGCCCUGUCUUCCUGGAAGUUGGGUGUGGAUCGGGUGCCAUUAUCCUGAGCUUGUUGAAUUCCUUCAAGCAGAGUUUGGCUGUGGCAGUGGAUAAAAGCCCUGAAGCUGUCAAACUUACCAGAGAAAAUGCGGAGAGGUUGGGUGUCCACCACAGACUUCAAGAACUGCAGCUCAAUGUUAUAUCAGAUGCCUGUGAACUGGUUCGAGUCUGUGGAGCUGUGGAUGUUAUUGUCAGCAACCCUCCAUAUGUAUUCCAUGAAGAUAUGUCUGGGUUAAUGCCGGAUAUCCUCAGGUAUGAAGACCAUGAUGCCUUGAAUGGAGGAGUGGAUGGAAUGGAUGUCAUUAGAGCAAUACUGCAACUUGCUGCAAACGUUCUGAAGGACAAUGGGAAGGUUUUCCUUGAGGUGGAUCCCAGACAUCCGGUGAUGAUAGAACAUUGGCUUCAGGAAUGCCCAAAACUGCAGCUCAGCUAUCAAGCUACCCACCACGACCUCUAUGGAAAGCAACGUUUCUGCAUACUACAGAGGAAGUAAAACAAACUAAAGGACCAAGCUCCUGCCUCGUCACGCGGACUUAAAAGAGACUGAAACAUUAUUUAUGUACAAUUCCGAAAGGUUUAUAUUAAUAAAGACACAAAGAGCAGGAGCAACUGAGCAGGACAGGCAGCAUCAAGGAAAACGUGACGUUUCGGGUCGAGAUCCUUCUUCAGACUGAAGGGUCUCGACAUGAAACGUCACCCAUUCCUUCUCUCCAGAGAUGCUGCCUGUCCCGCUGAGUUACUCCAGCACUUUGACUUUUUUUGUAAAGCAACAUCUGCAGUUCCUUGCUUCUAGGUUUUUAUAUUAAGCGUUACCUAUGGAUGGAUAACAACUUCACCUGGAAGAGCAGUGUUCCUUAUGGGUUCUGUCUGCUGCUUCGAGUUACUCCACACCAAGAUACAAGGGAUGCCACGACUGUCAAAAAGUACGGUGAGACUUCCUGCAGGAAGAGGAGGAGCCACUUGACCGCCAUUAUUUCCCUUCAUCCGUCUGUCCAGGAUUUUCUACGGGAAACAAUUGAGAAAAUCUCACGGAGGUUUGCAUGAUGUAGCCACAUUUAUUUCAUUUUCUACUCUUAAAUUGGUAGUUUGAUUAGUAUGGGUGCCAGGGGUUAUGGGGAGAAGGCAGGAGAAUAGGGUUGAGAGGGAAGAAUAGAUCAGCCAUGAUUAAAUGGCAGAGUAGACUUGAUGGACCGAAUGGCCUAAUUCUGCUGCUAGAACUUAUGAACUCAUCAAAUCAUAGAUCUCCACAACAUGAAUGGAGGCUCAAUGAUCCCAAUGAUGAUGCUGAUUUGCAAAAAAAGAUACUAAGGGUAAUUCACCGGGCCAAGCAGAAUCUCAGUCUGAAGACGUGUCGUGACCCGAAACGUCACCAGUCCACAUUCUCCAGAGAUGCUGCCUGACCUGCUGAGUUACUCCUUUGUAUCUUUUUUUUUUUAACAAAUGUAGGUUUGUUCAGUCCACAAUGAGUGUGGCAUUUCUUGGUGAAGUCCUAUUUAAUGCCACCCUGGGAUUUUCUCCCCAUUUUCAUGUAAAUCAUAGAGUUAUACUGCAGGUAAACAGGCCUUUCAGCCCAACCUAUCCAUGCCGACCCAUUUUGACUAACCGAGCUAAUCCCACUAGUUUACACAUGGCCCAUACCCCUUCAAAACUUUCAUAUCCAUGUCUCUGUCCAGGUGUCUUUGAGUUUCAUAUUAGUGCCUGCCUUUGCCACUUUCCUCCGGCAGCUCGUUCCAUGGACACACGGCCCUCUGGGUAAAAAUGUUGGCCCACAGGUUUCCAAUCAAUGUACCUGUCCAAGUGUCUUUUAAAUGCCAUAAUCACGCCCACCUCUAUCAUUUAUCGGACAGCUCCUUCUAUGUACACAACUAUUGUCUGCGUGAAAAACCUGCCCCUCAGAUCCUUUCAAAAAAAUGUCCCCUCUCACCUUAAACCUAAAAAUGAAUAGAAUCUUCAAUCUUCCUGUUUCAUAAACACAGUGAGGUGUGGGGUGGGGUGGGGGGAGGAACAUUAAGGGUAACUUUUUUACAGACAGGGUGGUGGGUCUAUGGAACGAGCUGCCGGAGGAGGUAGUUGAGGGAGGUGCUAUCAUAACAUUUAAGAGACAUUUGGACAGGUACACGGAUAGGACAGGUUUAGAGGGUUAUGGGCCAAGCACGGGCAGGUGAGACUAGUAUAGUUGGCUGGCAUAGGCAAGUUGGGCCGAAGGGCCUGUUACCAUGCUGUAUGACUCCAUGACAAUAAACUCUUCUCACUAAAGAGACACGCAUACUCAGGGGUAGCAAUUUGACUCAGUGGACAACAUACAAUACAUGCAAAAUUUGCCUAAAAAAUGUAUUCACAUAAAUUAUGGUAAACCGAAUAGUUGCAUGAGUGGGUGAAAAUCAGAGGCGGAGUACAAUUCUCUUUUGUUAUUCCAUAUCAUAAUUACCGAUAUUCAUCACGGAAGAAUUUCUAUGGAAAUUCAUAGUUCAUAAGUUCUAGGAGCAGAAUUAGGCCAUUCGGUCAUUCAAUCAUGACUGAUCUAUCUCUCCCUCUCAACCCCAUUCUCCUGCCUUUUGCCCCAUAAACCCUGACAUAGAAACAUAGAAAAUAGGUGCAGGAGUAGGCCAUUCGGCCCUUCGAGCCUGCACCACCAUUCGAUAUGAUCAUGGCUGAUCAUCCAACUCAGUAUCCCAUCCCUGACUUCUCUCCAUAACCCCUGAUCCCUUUAGCCACGAGGGCCACAUCUAACUCCCUCUUAAACAUAGCCAAUGAACUGGCCUCAACUGCCUUCUGUGGCAGAGAAUUCCACAGAUUCACCACUCUCUGUGUAAAAAAUUAUUUUCUCAUCUCGGACCUAAAAGACUUCCCUCUUAUCCUUAAACUGUGACCCCUAGUUCUGGACUUUCCCAACAUCGGGAACAAUCUUCCUGCAUCUAACCUGUCCAACCCCUUAAGAAUUUUGUGAGUUUCUAUAAGAUCCCCCCUCAAUCUUCUAAAUUCUAGCGUGUACAAGCCAAGUCUAUCCAGUCUUUCUUCAUAUGAAAGUCCUGCCAUCCCAGGAAUCAGUCUGGUGAACCUUCUCUGUACUCCCUCUAUGGCAAGAAUGUCAUUCCUCAGAUUAGGAGACCAAAACUGUAGGCAAUACUCCAGAUGUGGUCUCACCAAGACACUGUACAACUGCAGUAGAACCUCCCUGCUCUUAUACUCAAAUCCUUUUGCUAACCUGACACCUUAACUAAUCAAGAAGCUAUCAAUCUCCACCAUUAAAAUAUCCAUUGACUUGGCUUCCACAGAUGUCUGUGGCUACGAAUUCCACCGAUUCACCUGCCUCCUACAGAAAUUCCUCCUCAUCUCUUUACGAAAGGUACAUCCUUUUAUUCUCAGGCUGUGUAUGGCCUCUGGUCCUAGACUCUUCCACUAGUGGAAACAUCAUCUCCACAUCCACUCGAUCAGUAAGUUUCAAUGAGGUCCCUCCCUCAUCCUUCAAAAGUAAAACAUGAAGCAUUCUGCAAUUAAAUUGAAUAUUAAGCAAGGCUUUUAUGAGGGCCAGUGUGACAUUGCUUCUGUCUGUAGUGCUUUCUGAGUAUAACCAACUCUAGUGGAAGAAUGAAACAUGGGACUUCCUGUCUGUGUGGAUUAGUCACAGGUCAGAUGUAUUACUCUGAGUCAAUAUGGACUCUGAAGACAUUGCCCUCAAGGCAUUAAAUUAAAGGGCGGCACAGUGGUGCAGCUGUAGAGUUGCUGCCUCACAGCACUCGGGACCCAGGUUCAAUCCUGACUACGGGUGCUGUGUGUACGGAGUUUAUACGUUUACUCUGUGACCGAAUGGGUUUUCUCCAGGUGCUCUGGUUCAGUUUAGAGAUACAUCGUGGAAACAGGCCCUUUGACUCGCUGACUUGGUGGACCGAAGGGCUUGUUUCCACGCUGUAUCUCUAAAACUAAAAUUAAAAACUAAAACCUCUAUGAGAUUACCCCUCAAUCACCCGAGUUCAAAGGAAUAUAGACCUAGCCUGUCCAAUCUCUCCUUAUAUCUCAGUCACUCGAGCCCUGGCAAACCUUGUAAAUUGGUUUCUCAAAUCUUGAGGGGAUUCUGAAAGAAAAUAUAUAAAUGCAUUUGAACAGGCAGGGUUUCAAGAGGGAUAGUCAAAUCAUCUAAGCAAUGAGCCCAGCGCACAUCCCUGAUGCACACCACUGGUCACAGGCAAAGGCACAAAUUGUUGGAGUAAUG